GUUAUAAGCAGGUGGAAGUACACACAAGUUGUUUUUUUUUUUUUUUGUUGUUGUUGCUCUAAUAAUAAAAAAAACCUAUUUUUCUUUCAUUAUUAUGAAUGAAUUUAUUUUCUAAAUGUCACAAUGGAUCAUUUAAUUAUUUUAGUAGCGGCUCUGCAUUUAUUUUAUUGUCCAUUUACAAAAGUUGAAGAAAGUUUUAAUCUUCAAGCAAUUCAUGAUCUUCUUUAUCACGGUUCUAACCUAAGUCAGUAUGAUCAUCAUGAAUUUCCCGGAGUUGUACCGAGAACAUUUUUAGGACCAAUGGCAGUAUCAGGUUUAGCUGCACCUGCUGUUGCUGCCGUUAAACAUUUUAAUGUUAAUAAAUUUUAUUCACAAUAUAUUGUGAGAGCAGUAUUGGGCUUAAUGGUGAUAGUGACUUUGAGUCUUUAUCGUAAAGCUUUACAAUCAAUUUUUGGUGUUAAAUUUGUAAAAUGGUUUGUCGCAAUUACAGUAACUCAAUAUCAUUUUUUAUAUUAUCUCAGUCGACCAUUGCCGAAUAUUAUGGCAAUGCCUUUAGUUCUACUUGCCCUUUAUGGAUGGUUGAGAAGAAAUCAUGUAAUUUUCAUUAUGUCUUCAGCGGCUGUUAUUAUUAUUUUUCGCGCUGAAUUAGCAAUGCUUUUGGGAAUGUUUCUUUUAUAUGAUAUUGCAAAUUCAAAAAUUACAAUUCACAGAUUAUUAAAAAUUGGUUUACCAUCAGGAAUAUUUUUUCUCGCAUUAACAAUAAUUGUCGAUUCAAUUUUUUGGAAUCGAAUUUUAUGGCCAGAAGGAGAAGUUUUCUAUUUUAAUACAAUUUUAAAUAAAAGUAGUGAAUGGGGCACGUCUCCAUUUUUGUGGUAUUUUUAUUCGGCUCUUCCACGAGGAUUGGCUCUUUCCUAUUUAUUAAUUCCUUUAGGAAUUUUAUGGGAUUCUAGAGUUCGAGCUCUCACUAUUCCUGGCCUAACAUUUGUUAUUUUAUUUUCAUUUCUUCCUCAUAAGGAAUUGAGAUUUAUUAUUUAUGUAUUUCCUCUAUUGAAUGUUGGCGCCGCCGCUGCUUGUCACCGUAUUUGGGAAAAUCGGGAAAAAUCGAUUUGGAAUGGACUGUUGGCUCUAGCGAUUCUUGGACAUUUAGUAUUAAAUGCAACAUUCUCAAUGUUUCUUUUAUGUGUCGCUGGUGCUAAUUAUCCCGGUGGAAUGGCAAUUGCUCGUCUUCAUAGAAUCGAAAAAGAACGAAUUGAACCCGUUUACGUUCAUAUUGACGUUUUUUCCGCACAAACUGGAAUUUCUCGAUUUACACAAACAAAUACCAAUUGGAUUUAUUCGAAACAAGAAAAUUUAACAAUUGAUAAUCCAGAAAUGUUACAAUUCACUCAUAUAUUAAUGGAAUCAAAAAGUAAAUAUUCACCAAAUAUAAAAUCCUAUUUAAAAACACACGAUAUUCUUGAUUCUGUUGAUGGAUUUUCACAUAUUGCCAUCAAUUACAAUACAAUACCGCCAAUUCAAAUAAAUACAAAACCAGCAAUUUUUAUAAUGCGACGAAAAUCAAGUAUAACAUACGAUCCAUUAAAUGCACGAAUAAAACGUUCAAUUAAAUUUGAAUUAAAUUUCAAUAAUAAUAAUAAUAAUGAAAUUCUACGUGAAAAAAUAUUUUCAAAAAAUUCACCAAAAAAUAUGGAACCAAUUUUUCACGAUAUCGUUGGAUCAUUACAAGAAAUUGGUAAACCAGUGGAAAAUAAUUUAUUUAUUGUCGAUAAUUCAAAAAUAAUGGAAAUUGAAAAUAGUAAUGAAAAUUUUUCUGAAAUAAAUAUUAAUGAAAUUAUUGAUGAAUCGAUGGAUAAUGAAAUAGAGGAAAAUGAUAGUGAAAUUUUUGAAAUUACAAAAAGUGACGAAUUUAACGUUAAUGAAAAAAAUUUAUUUAAUGCCAUUGAUAAUGAAGAAAUAAAUGAAAAAUUUGACGAUAAACAAAAUAACAAAAAAUUUGAAAUAAACAAUAAAUUUAAUAAAGAGAAUAAAAUUAACGAGAGGAAAAAUGAAUUAAUUUCAAUGGAAACUAAUCAGGAAGAUAGAGAAAAUAAAUAUGAAAAAAUUAAAGCAAUUGUAAAAAUGAAAAUGGAAAAAAUAAAUCAACAACAAAAAUCAACAAAUAUUAAAGAUGCUGUGAAAAAAAUAAUUCAAGAAAAAAUGGAAUUAAAGGCAAAAAAAAUGAAUCAACAAUUAUUAAAUGAAAAAAUACAAUUUAAUAAAAAAAAUGAUAAAAAAAAUACACAAAUUUUAAAUGAAAAUUAUUCAUUUAAUAAAGAAAAAAAUAAAUUUGAAGAUGAAAAAAAUUAUUUUACUAAGGAUAAAAGUCAAUUUAAUAAUAAAAAUCAAUUUGAACAAGAAACGAAUAUUAAAAAAUUACCAAACAUAAAAGAAAGUAUACAAAAAAUAAUUCAACAAUUUAAAGAAUUUGAGGAGAAUUUUAUUGACGACGACGACAAUAAAACAUCGAUGGAAGAGGAAAAUUUGGAAAAUUUCAAUUCUAAAGAUUUAAAAAAUGCUCACGAGAGCCUCAGGGAAAUAAUAAAUCAAUUUAAAGAAUUGAGAAGUGAAUUAUUUAUUUCUGUGAAAGAUGAUAAUGAUGAUGAUGAUGAUGAUGAAUUUGAUGAAAUUUUGGAAAAUUUCAUGACAAGACCAAUUUCUGUGACACUAAUGCAUUUUAAUGAAGCGUUAAAAAAUUUAGUACAACGACGACAAAAAAUUAAAGUAUCAACAAAUAAUAUCGAAGAAUUAUUUGAAAGCGAUAGAAUAAAUUUUAAAAAUUCAAGAAAAACAUUUAAAAACAAUAAUUUUUCAAAGGCAAAAAGUAUUGUUAGAAAUAAUGAAAUUGUUCAUGAACAUAAAGAUGAGACGGAAAUUUGGAGAAAUAGAAAAUUGUAAGUUUUGUAUUUUUUACUUUUUUUUUUUAGGUGAAAAAUACACUUUUUACACUGAGAAAAUAAUUUAAAAAAUUUUUUAAAUUUUUUUUUGAUUAAAUUUUUUUUUGUAACCAAUGAAUUUUUUAAUUUUAAAUAGAAAUUACAUUUUUUUAAAUGUUAAAUAAAUUUUUUAAACAUUUUUUUUUUUUUUGCAAAAAAUCUAAAAUGCAUUUUUUUUUUAUGUAAAAAGUGGUAAACUACAUUUUCUUUUCAGUAAAUUUUUAUUCGAAGCCUUUGAAUAUGUUAUUACAGGAUGUCUAUAAAAAAAAUUUUCAGUUUUAAUUAAGAAAAAAAAUAAUUAAUUUAAUAAAAUUUUUAUCUCGCGCUUUUAAAAUAAUUUCUCUUUAAUUGAAAUUCCCGCUGAAAAAAAUUUUUUUGUUUUCUUUAUUUAACUAUUUAUAAUGGCGGGAAUAUUCAUUUCGCUUUUUUUAAAAAAAAAAAGCCAGUGUAUACAAUAUUUAAAAAAAAAAUUCUUUUCAUCCUGUAUUAUAACAUUUUUUUGUAAAUAGGACAUAUUCUGUGAUACAAAUAUUUAUCACUUUUAACAUGAGAAUAUAAAUAGUUUAUUACAGUAAAGUUUUUUUUUUCUUAUUGCAUAAAUUGUCGCAUGCGAGGUGCCUUAAAAAAAAAUUAUUCUUCCUUUUUUUUCAAUUAAAAUCGAUAAAUGUCUAUAUAAAUCGAUAAUUAUCGAUUUUAAUCGAAAAUUAUCGAUUUUAAUCGAAAAUUAUUGAUUUAAAUCGAAAAAUAGUUUUAAAUCGAUAUUUAUCGUUUCAAAUUAUAUUUGUAGUCAAUUA